GCCCGAGGCGCGACGCGGCGCUUCUCCGCACACGGAGACAUGAGGUGCCACGUUGCCACCGGCUGCCUCGUGGCCUGGCUGUUUGUGCUGAUCUCCGGAUGCCUGGGCCAGGUGAACCGACUGCCCUUCUUCACCAACCACUUCUUUGACACGUACCUGCUCAUCAGCGAGGACACGCCUGUGGGUUCCUCUGUGACCCAGUUGCUGGCCCGAGACAUGGACAACGACCCCCUGGUGUUUGGCGUGUCUGGGGAGGAGGCCUCCCGCUUCUUUGCCGUGGAGCCUGACACAGGGGUGGUGUGGCUGCGGCAGCCGCUGGACAGAGAGACCAAGUCUGAGUUCACAGUGGAGUUCUCUGUCAGCGACCACCAGGGGGUGAUCACGCGAAAGGUGAACAUCCAGGUCGGGGACGUGAAUGACAACGCGCCCACGUUUCACAAUCAGCCCUACAGCGUCCGCAUCCCCGAGAACACACCGGUGGGGACACCCAUCUUCAUUGUGAACGCCACGGACCCCGACCUGGGUGCGGGCGGCAGUGUCCUCUACUCCUUCCAGCCCCCCUCCCUGUUCUUUGCCAUCGACAGUGCCCGCGGCAUCGUCACGGUGAUCCGGGAGCUGGACUACGAGACUACGCAGGCCUACCAGCUCACCGUCAACGCCACGGAUCAAGACAAGACCAGGCCUCUGUCCACCCUGGCCAACUUGGCCAUCAUCAUCACAGAUGUCCAGGACAUGGACCCUAUCUUCAUCAACCUGCCUUACAGCACUAACAUCUAUGAGCAUUCUCCUCCGGGCACAACCGUGCGAGUUAUCACUGCCAUUGACCAGGAUAAAGGACGUCCCCGGGGGAUUGGCUACACCAUCGUCUCAGGGAAUACCAACAGCAUCUUCGCCCUGGACUACAUCAGUGGAGCGCUGACCUUGAAUGGCCUACUGGACCGGGAGAACCCCCUGUACAGCCAUGGCUUCAUCCUGACCGUGAAGGGCACAGAGCUGAAUGAUGACCGCACCCCGUCCGAUGCCACAGUCACCACAACCUUCAACAUCUUGGUUAUCGACAUCAAUGACAAUGCCCCAGAGUUCAACAGCUCUGAAUACAGCGUGGCCAUCACUGAGCUAGCCCAGGUCGGCUUUGCUCUGCCCCUCUUCAUCCAGGUGGUGGACAAGGACGAGAACUUGGGCCUGAACAGCAUGUUCGAAGUGUACCUGGUGGGGAACAACUCUCAGCACUUCAUCAUCUCCCCCACCUCUGUCCAAGGGAAAGCAGACAUUCGCAUCCGGGUGGCCGUCCCCCUGGACUAUGAGACUGUGGACCGCUACGACUUUGAUCUCUUUGCCAACGAGAGUGUGCCUGACCACGUGGGCUAUGCCAAGGUGAAGAUUGCCCUCAUCAACGAGAAUGACAAUCGGCCCAUCUUCAGCCAGCCACUGUACAACGUCAGCUUGUACGAGAACAUCACCCUGGGGACCUCUGUGCUGACAGUCCUGGCAACAGACAAUGACGUGGGCACCUUCGGGGAGGUCAACUACUUCUUCAGCGAUGACCCUGACCGGUUCUCUCUGGACAAGGACACAGGCCUCAUCAUGCUGAUCGCCAGACUGGACUAUGAGCUCAUCCAACGCUUCACCUUGACAGUCAUCGCCCGGGAUGGGGGUGGGGAGGAGACCACAGGCCGGGUCAGGAUCAACGUGUUGGACGUCAACGACAACGUGCCCACCUUCCAGAAGGAUGCCUACGUGGGGGCCCUGAGAGAGAAUGAGCCUUCUGUCACACAGCUGGUGCGGCUCCGGGCGACAGAUGAAGACUCGCCUCCCAACAACCAGAUCACCUACAGCAUCGUCAACGCCUCGGCCUUCGGCAGCUACUUCGACAUCAGCGUGUAUGAGGGCUAUGGAGUGAUCAGUGUAAGCCGUCCCCUGGAUUAUGAACAGAUACCCAACGGGCUGAUUUAUCUGACAGUCAUGGCCAAGGACGCUGGCAACCCCCCUCUGAACAGCACUGUCCCUGUCACCGUCGAGGUGUUUGAUGAGAACGACAACCCGCCCACCUUCAGCAAGCCUGCCUACUUCGUCUCCGUGGUGGAGAACAUCAUGGCAGGGGCCACGGUGCUGUUCCUGAAUGCCACGGACCUGGACCGCUCCCGGGAGUACGGUCAGGAGUCCAUUAUCUACUCCUUGGAGGGCUCCUCCCAGUUUCGGAUCAACGCCCGCUCAGGCGAAAUUACCACCACCUCCCUGCUUGACCGUGAGACCAAGUCUGAAUACAUCCUCAUCGUACGAGCGGUGGACGGGGGCGUGGGCCACAACCAGAAAACCGGCAUCGCCACCGUGAACAUCACCCUCCUGGACAUCAACGACAACCACCCCACCUGGAAGGACGCCCCCUACUACAUCAACCUGGUGGAGAUGACCCCUCCAGAUUCUGACGUGACCACGGUGGUGGCCUUGGACCCGGACCUGGGAGAGAACGGCACCCUCGUGUAUAGGAUCCAGCCGCCCAACAAGUUCUACUCCCUCAACAGCAGCACGGGCAAGAUCCGCACCACCCACGUCAUGCUGGAUCGGGAGAACCCCGACCCCCACGAGGCGGAGCUGAUGCGCAAGAUUAUCAUCUCUGUCACUGACUGCGGCAGGCCCCCUCUGCGAGCCACCAGCAGUGCCACAGUGUUUGUGAACCUCUUGGACCUCAAUGACAACGACCCCACUUUUCAGAACCUGCCUUUCGUGGCCGAGGUGCUGGAAGGCACCCCGGCGGGGGUCUCUGUCUACCAGGUGGUGGCCAUCGACCUGGACGAGGGCCUGAACGGGCUGGUGUCCUACCGCAUACAGGUGGGCAUGCCCCGCAUGGACUUCCUCAUCAACAGCAGCAGCGGCGUGGUGGUCACCACUGCUGAGCUGGACCGCGAGCGCAUUGCCGAGUACCAGCUGCGCGUCGUGGCCAGUGACGCAGGCACACCCACCAAGAGCUCCACCGGCACGCUUACCGUCCGAGUGCUGGACGUGAACGACGAGACGCCCACCUUCUUCCCGGCGAUGUACAACGUCUCUGUGUCCGAAGAUGUGCCACGGGAGUUCCGGGUGGCCUGGCUGAACUGCACUGACAAUGACGUGGGCCUCAAUGCCGAGCUCAGCUAUUUCAUCACAGGUGGAAAUGUGGAUGGGAAGUUCAGCGUGGGCUACCGUGAUGCCGUUGUAAGAACAGUAGUGAGCCUGGACCGGGAGACCACAGCCGCAUACAUGCUCGUUCUGGAGGCCAUCGACAACGGCCCCGUAGGUAAGCGGCGCACGGGGACGGCCACCGUGUUUGUCACCGUCCUGGAUGUGAACGACAACCGGCCCAUCUUUCUGCAGAGCAGCUAUGAGGCCAGCGUCCCCGAGGACAUCCCUGAGGGACACAGCAUCGUGCAGCUCAAAGCCACAGAUGCAGAUGAGGGCGAGUUUGGGCGCGUGUGGUACCGCAUCCUUCACGGUAACCAUGGCAACAACUUCCGGAUCCACGUCGGCAACGGACUCCUGAUGCGAGGGCCCCGGCCCCUGGACCGAGAACGGAACUCAUCCCACGUGCUGAUAGUGGAGGCUUACAACCAUGACCUGGGCCCCAUGCGGAGCUCCGUCAGGGUGAUAGUGUAUGUGGAGGAUGUCAAUGACGAGGCCCCCGUGUUCACACAGCAGCAGUACAGCCGCCUGGGGCUUCGAGAGACCGCGGGUAUCGGCACAUCGGUCAUCGUCGUCCGAGCCACAGAUCGAGACACUGGGGACGGUGGCCUGGUGAAUUACCGCAUUCUGUCCGGCGCGGAGGGCAAGUUUGAGAUUGACGAGAGCACGGGGCUUAUCAUCACCGUGGAUUACCUGGACUAUGAGACCAAAACCAGCUACCUGAUGAACGUGUCUGCCACCGACCAGGCACCCCCCUUCAACCAGGGCUUCUGCAGCGUCUACAUCACUCUGCUCAACGAGCUGGACGAGGCUGUGCAGUUCUCCAAUGCCUCCUACGAGGCUGCCAUCUUGGAGAACCUGGCCCUGGGCACCGAGAUUGUGCGGGUCCAGGCCUACUCCAUUGACAACCUCAAUCAGAUCACCUACCGCUUCGACGCCUAUACCAGCACCCAGGCCAAAGCCCUCUUCAAGAUAGAUUCCGUCACGGGCGUGAUCACAGUCAAGGGCCUGGUGGACCGGGAAAAAGGCGACUUCUACACCCUGACGGUGGUGGCAGAUGACGGCGGCCCCAAGGCGGACUCCACCGUGAAGGUCUACAUCACGGUGCUGGACGAGAAUGACAACAGUCCCCGGUUUGACUUCACCUCCGACUCAGCAGUCAGCGUGCCUGAGGACUGCCCCGUGGGCCAGCGUGUGGCCACCAUCAAGGCCCGGGACCCCGACGCUGGCAGCAAUGGGCAGGUGGUCUUCUCCCUGGCCUCUGGCAACAUCGCUGGGGCCUUUGACAUCGUCACCACCAAUGACUCCAUUGGCGAAGUGUUCGUGGCCAGGCCCCUGGACAGAGAACAACUAGACCACUACAUCCUCAAGGUCGUAGCAUCCGACCGUGGCACCCCUCCACGGAAGAAGGACCACAUCCUGCAGGUGACCAUCCUGGAUGUCAAUGACAACCCUCCCGUGAUUGAGAGCCCUUUGGGGUACAAUGUCAGCGUGAACGAGAACGUGGGCGGGGGUACUGCUGUGGUCCAGGUGAGAGCCACCGACCGUGACAUCGGGAUCAACAGCGUCCUGUCCUACUACAUCACUGAGGGCAAUGAGGACAUGACCUUCCGCAUGGACCGGAUCAGUGGCGAGAUCGCUACGCGACCCGCCCCGCCCGACCGUGAGCGCCAGGGCUUUUACCACCUGGUGGUCACCGUGGAGGACGAAGGCACCCCCACCCUGUCGGCCACCACUCAUGUGUACGUGACCAUCGUGGAUGAGAAUGAUAAUGCACCUGUGUUCCAGCAGCCCCACUACGAGAUCUUACUGGACGAGGGCCCAGACACAAUCAAUGCUAGCCUCAUCACCAUCCAGGCACUAGACCUGGAUGAGGGGCCCAAUGGCACAGUUAACUACGCCAUUGUCGCAGGCAACAUCAUCAACACCUUCCGUAUCGACAGACACACGGGCAUCAUCAGUGCUGCCAAGGAGCUGGACUAUGAGAUUAGCCAUGGCCGCUACACUCUGAUGGUCACUGCCACGGACCAGUGCCCCAUCUUAUCUCACCGCCUCACCUCUACCACCACGGUGCUGGUGAACGUGAACGACAUCAAUGACAAUGUGCCCACCUUCCCCCGAGACUACGAGGGGCCAUUUGACGUCACCGAGGGCCAGCCGGGGCCCCGAGUGUGGACCUUCCUGGCCCAUGACCAGGACUCGGGCCCCAACGGGCAGGUGGAAUACAGCAUCGUGGACGGAGACCCUCUGGGCGAGUUUGUGAUCUCUCCUGUGGAGGGGGUGCUGCGUGUCCGGAAGGACGUGGAGCUGGAUCGGGAGACCAUUGCCUUUUACAACCUGACCAUCUGUGCCCGCGACAGAGGGGUGCCUCCACUUAGCUCCACGAUGCUGGUGGGGAUUCGCGUGCUGGACAUCAAUGACAAUGACCCCGUGCUGCUGAAUCUGCCCAUGAACAUCACCAUCAGUGAGAAUAGCCCCGUCUCCAGCUUCGUCGCCCACAUCCUGGCCAGUGACGCUGACAGCGGGUGCAACGCCCUCCUCACCUUCAACAUCACUGCAGGCAACCGAGAGCGGGCCUUCUCCAUCAAUGCCACGACAGGGGUCAUCACCGUGAACCGGCCACUGGACCGUGAGCGGAUCCCCGAGUACAAGCUGACCGUUUCCGUGAAGGACAACCCGGAGAACCCACGCAUAGCCAGGAGGGAUUUUGACUUGCUGCUGGUCUUUCUGGCAGACGAGAAUGACAACCAUCCCCUCUUUACCCAGAGCACCUACCAGGCAGAGGUGAUGGAGAACUCUCCCGCUGGGACCCCCCUCACGGUGCUCAAUGGGCCCAUCCUGGCCCUGGACGCGGACCUGGACGUCUACGCCGUGGUGACCUACCAGCUGCUGGGCUCCCAGGGUGGCCUCUUCGACAUCGACAACAGCACGGGCGUGGUGACGGUGAGGUCAGGUGUUAUCAUUGACCGGGAAGCCUUCUCACCCCCGGUCCUGGAGCUGCUGCUGCUGGCUGAGGACAUUGGGCUACUCAAUGGCACAGCCGAUCUGCUGGUCACCAUACUGGAUGACAAUGACAACUGGCCCACCUUUAGCCAUCCCACCCUCACAGUCCACCUGCUGGAGAACUGUCCACCAGGAUUCUCAGUCCUUCAGGCCACAGCCACGGACAGGGACAGUGGCCUCAAUGGGGAGCUGAUCUACCGAAUAGAAGCUGGGGCUCAGGACCGCUUCGUCAUCCACCCAGUCACUGGGGUCAUCCGUGUCGCCAACGCCACCAUCGACAGGGAGGAGCAGGAAUCCUACCGGCUGACAGUGGUGGCCACCGACAGGGGCACCGUUCCUCUCUCAGGCACGGCCAUCAUCACCAUCCUUAUCGACGAUAUCAAUGACUCCCGUCCUGAGUUCCUCAACCCCAUCCAGACGGUGAGCGUGCUGGAGUCGGCUGAGCCAGGCACUGUCAUUGCCAACGUCACCGCCAUUGACCGCGACCUCAACCCAAAGCUGGAGUACCACAUCAUCGGCAUCGUGGCCAAGGACGACACUGACCGCCUGGUGCCUGACCAGGAGGAUGCCUUUGCUGUGAAUAUCAACACAGGGUCUGUAAUGGUGAAGUCCCCACUGAACCGGGAGCUGGUUGCCACCUAUGAAGUCACUCUCUCAGUGAUCGACAAUGCCAGUGACCUACCAGAGCGCUCUGUCAGCGUGCCAAAUGCCAAGCUGACAGUCAACAUCCUGGACGUCAAUGACAAUACGCCCCAGUUCAAGCCCUUCGGGAUCACCUAUUACACCGAGCGGAUUCUGGAGGGGGCCACCCCAGGCACCACACUCAUUGCCGUGGCAGCUGUGGACCCCGACAAGGGCCUCAACGGGCUGAUCACCUACACUCUGCUGGACCUGACGCCCCCAGGCUACGUCCAGCUGGAAGACUCCUCAGCAGGGAAAGUCAUUGCCAACCGGACAGUGGACUACGAAGAAGUACACUGGCUCAACUUUACCGUGAGGGCCUCAGACAACGGGUCUCCGCCCCGGGCAGCUGAGAUCCCUGUCUACCUGGAGAUCGUGGACAUCAAUGACAACAACCCCAUCUUUGACCAGCCUUCCUACCAGGAGGCCGUCUUUGAGGAUGUGCCUGUGGGCACGGUCAUCCUGACAGUCGCUGCGACUGAUGCCGACUCAGGCAACUUUGCCCUCCUUGAGUACAGCCUGGGGGAUGGAGAGGGCAAGUUUGCCAUCAACCCCGCUACGGGUGACAUCUAUGUGCUGUCCUCUCUGGACCGGGAGAAGAAGGACCACUAUAUUCUGACUGCCUUGGCCAAAGACAACCCUGGAGAUAUAGCCAGCAACCGCCGAGAAAAUUCGGUGCAGGUGGUGAUCCAGGUGCUAGACGUCAAUGACUGCCGGCCACAGUUCUCCAAGCCCCAGUUCAGCACAAGCGUGUAUGAGAAUGAGCCGGCAGGCACCUCAGUCAUCACCAUGAUGGCCACCGACCAGGAUGAGGGUUCCAAUGGGGAGCUGGCCUACUCACUUGAGGGCCCUGGCGUGGAGGCCUUCCACGUGGACCUAGACUCAGGCCUGGUGACCACAAAGCGGCCACUGCAGUCCUACGAGAGGUUCAACCUGACCGUGGUGGCCACGGAUGGCGGACAGCCUCCACUCUGGGGCACCACCAUGCUCCUGGUGGAGGUCAUCGACGUCAACGAUAACCGCCCCGUCUUCGUGCGCCCGCCCAACGGCACCGUCCUCCACAUCAGAGAGGAGAUCCCGCUGCGCUCCAAUGUAUAUGAGGUCUAUGCCACAGACAAGGACGAGGGCCUCAACGGGGCCGUGCGCUACAGCUUUCUGAAGACGGCCGGCAACCGGGACUGGGAGUACUUCACCAUCGACCCCAUAAGCGGCCUCAUCCAGACAGCUCAGCGCCUGGACCGCGAGAAACAGGCUGUGUACAGCCUCAUCCUGGUGGCCAGCGACUUGGGGCAGCCAGUGCCAUACGAGACCAUGCAGCCGCUGCAAGUGGCCCUGGAGGACAUCGACGACAACGAACCUCUCUUUGUGAGGCCCCCGAAAGGCAGCCCCCAGUACCAGCUGCUGACAGUGCCUGAGCACUCGCCACGUGGCACCCUCGUGGGCAACGUGACAGGCGCCGUGGAUGCGGACGAGGGCCCCAACGCCAUCGUGUACUACUUCAUUGCAGCCGGCAACGAAGAGAAGAACUUCCAUCUGCAGCCUGACGGGCGUCUCCUGGUGCUGCGGGACCUGGACCGGGAGCGUGAAGCCAUCUUCUCCUUCAUCGUCAAGGCCUCGAGCAAUCGCAGCUGGACACCUCCCCGUGGGCCUUCCCCAGCCCUCGACCUGGUCACUGACCUCACCCUGCAGGAGGUGCGCGUCGUGCUAGAAGACAUCAACGACCAGCCCCCGCGCUUCACCAAGGCUGAGUACACUGCAGGAGUGGCCACCGAUGCCAAGGUGGGCUCAGAGUUGAUCCAGGUGCUGGCCCUGGACGCAGACGUUGGCAACAACAGCCUGGUCUUCUACAGCAUCCUGGCCAUCCACUACUUCCGGGCCCUUGCCAAUGACUCUGAGGACGUGGGCCAGGUCUUCACCAUGGGGAGUGUGGAUGGCAUCCUGCGUACCUUUGACCUCUUCAUGGCCUACAGCCCUGGCUACUUUGUGGUGGACAUUGUGGCCCGGGACCUCGCAGGCCACAAUGACACGGCCAUCAUCGGCAUCUAUAUCCUGAGGGAUGACCAGCGUGUUAAGAUCGUCAUUAACGAGAUCCCCGACCGCGUGCGUGGCUUUGAGGAAGAGUUCAUCCGCCUGCUCUCCAAUAUCACCGGUGCCAUUGUCAACACUGAUGACGUGCAGUUCCAUGUGGACAAGAAGGGUCGGGUGAACUUCGCACAGACAGAGCUGCUCAUCCACGUGGUGAAUCGCGACACCAACCGCAUCCUGGACGUGGACCGGGUGAUCCAGAUGAUUGACGAGAACAAGGAGCAGCUGCGGAACCUCUUCCGAAACUACAAUGUCCUGGACGUGCAGCCUGCCAUCUCUGCCCGCUUGCCCGACGACAUGUCCGCCCUGCAGAUGGCGAUCAUUGUCUUGGCCAUUCUCCUCUUCCUGGCUGCCAUGCUGUUCAUCCUCAUGAACUGGUACUACAGGACCGUACACAAGAGGAAGCUCAAAGCCAUUGUGGCUGGCUCGGCAGAACUUCUCCCUACAGGAAAUCGUGGUUUCAUUGACAUCAUGGACAUGCCCAACACCAACAAGUAUUCCUUCGACGGGGCCAACCCCGUGUGGCUGGAUCCUUUCUGCCGGAACCUGGAGCUGGCCGCCCAGGCUGAGCAUGAGGACGACCUGCCGGAGAACCUGAGUGAGAUCGCAGACCUAUGGAAUAGCCCCACCCGCACCCAUGGAACUUUUGGGCGUGAACCAGCAGCAGUCAAGCCUGAUGAUGACCGGUACCUGCGGGCAGCCAUCCAAGAGUACGACAACAUUGCCAAGCUGGGCCAGAUCAUUCGGGAGGGACCCAUCAAGCUGAUCCAGACUGAGCUGGAGGAGGAGCCAGGGGAGCACAGCCCCAGUCAGGGCAGCCUGCGCUUCCGCCAUAAGCCGCCGACAGAGCUCAAGGGGCCUGACGGGAUCCACGCGGUGCACGGCAGCACGGGCACUCUGCUGGCCACUGACCUUAACAGCCUGCCCGAGGAUGACCAGAAGGGCCUGGGUCGCUCACUGGAGACGCUGACCACAACUGAAGCCAGUGCCUUUGAGCGCAACGCCCGCACAGAGUCAGCCAAAUCUACACCCCUGCACAAGCUUCGUGAUGUGAUCCUGGAGAGCCCCCUGGAGAUCACAGAGCUAUGACCAGACAGGAGCCUCGCCGGUGUGAGCAGCACCUGCCCCCAUCUCUCCCAGGGCAGGGCAGAGCAGGACCACAGUGUGGGCCCCUCCCCAGGCUGGCUCUGGGCGCACGACCUCGGGCUGGCCUGGUGGCAGCCCGCACCAGCUGCUCAGAUUCCACUUCUGCCAGAUGCCCAUUUAGCACCUGACCUCUAUCUUCAUAAAAUUUGUUAUUUUUUUAAGAAAACCAAACAAAAAUGUUAAGCAUCUAAGGACACAGGUAAGGAGGGUCACCGGGGGCUCAGGAGCGUGAGGACCAACUCAGCCCAGGCUGAGCUCUUAAGAGGCCAAGCGGGGCCUCUUCCCGUCCCCUCCCCCCAACUUUCAGACCAGAAGAGGGAGGCCCAGAGCUGGAGUACCCUGCCUGGCCUUGGCUCCCUGACUUCAGUUCAAGUCCCAAUGCAUUUCUAGCACAUCCCCAGCUGGACAUCCAGCUAGGGGCUGACAGUGAUCCCUGCCUCCCCACAUGGACAUGGUCAACGUCGGCGAACCGCGUUCUCUACAUUUCACUGGCUUCCCAAACGUGCCCGGCUCCUAAAGAGAAAUGACUGGUGUUCUCUUGGGUUCUGAAUGUGUUUGUGUGUAUUCCUUUUUUAAAUUAAGUUAUUCCCUCAA